UAAUAUUUAAAUAAGGUUGAGAUCAGUGAUAGGCUACUGGAGUUUGAGGCGAGGACGUGUUUGGACAAAAAAAACAGAAAAAAGGUGUGUACCUUUAAAUACGAAGGCGGAAGAGCUGCUGCGAAGAACUCAAAAUGGGCGAGUCAAACAACUCCCACAGCCACCGCCAUGCCAUCGUGUUUCCGUACCCUUUCCAAGGCCACAUUUCUCCGACGCUAAACUUCGCCGUCGCGCUAGCCUCCCGCGGCUUCGUCGUCACUUGCGUCCUCACCGAAUUCGUUCACAACGCCGCCUCCAAAUUCGGCGACUUCAAUUUCAAUUUCUCCGGCCUUGACAUACGGUGCGCCACGAUUUCCGACGGCUUUCCGCUCGAUUUCAACCGGCGUCUGAGCGAGGAGUUCAGAGAAAGCUUGAUUAACGAUUUCGCCGGCCGCGCGGAUGAGGUGAUCGGAAGGAUUACGAGAUCUUACCCGGCGGCGAAGUUCGUCCUGGUUGCGGAUUCUCUGUUCUCGUGGCCGGCUGCCGUCGCCGAGAAAUACGGCCUGGUGAACGUGACGUUCUGGACGGAGCCGGCGACGGUGUUCUCUAUAAACUACCACUUGGAUCUACUGAGAGAGAACGGCCAUUUCCCCAACUUUGCUGCUUCCGGAGAGAGUCGAAUAGACUACAUUCCAGGAGUCCGAAGCAUCAGCACCAACGACCUCAUGUCCUACAUCCGGCAACCGAAGGCACUACCAGGGGUCACAAAGAUCGCCGUCACGGCAUUCCAACAGGUCAAAAAUGCCGACUUCAUCCUCUGCAACACAGUCCAAGAACUCGAACCGGAGGCCCUCUCCGCCCUCAACCACCGCCACCCAACUUUCGCCGUCGGCCCCAUCACUUCCUCCAUCAGCCAUGUCCACAAGCAUCUUGUCGACAAGAUCACCCUCUGGCCGCGAUCAGAUUGCACGGAUUGGCUCGACUCCAAGCCUCCCGGCUCAGUCCUCUACAUCUCAUUCGGCAGCAUCGCCCGAAUCAACGAGCAUGAGCUCAGGGAGAUAGCUCAUGGCCUUCUUUUAACUCAAGUCAACUUUCUUUGGGUCCUCAGGACAGAUUAUGGCACCAAAAAUGCCUUCCCCGAUGGAUUCCUCGACGAUGUACAAAACCGGGGGAUUAUAGUCCCGUGGUGCAACCAAAAUGCCGUCCUUGGUAGCGUUUCUGUCGGCGCGUUCUUGACUCAUUGUGGAUGGAACUCUGUUCUUGACAGCAUAUGGAGCGGAGUGCCGAUGAUCUGCCAUCCGUUGUUAGUCGACCAGCCGACGAAUAGGAAGCUUGUCGUCGAUGAUUGGAGAAUUGGGAUUAAUCUUUGCGACAAAGAGAAGGUUAGUAGGGAGGAGUUUGUUAGGAAGAUUGAGAUGAUCAUGGAAGGUAAUGAAUGUGUGUUGUUGAAGGAAGAGGUGAAGAAAGUAAGGGAGGUUUUGAAGAAUGCAUGGGAAAGCAGUAAUGGAUCUUCACGUAGGAACUUUGAUCGGUUUGUGGAGGAAUUGAAUUGCAGAUUAUUGUUGAAGAAGAAUUGAUUGAUGUUUAGGUUUUGAUUUUUGAUUUUUGAAUUUGAUUACUUUUGUAGCACUAUAAAUAGCUUGUGAUUGUUCUAAUGGCUGAAUUUGAUUUUUGAAAAAUUGGGAAUGGGAAAUGGAGGGAAAUUCCUGUCCGUACAUUUGCAG